UUCAUAUUUAAUUCACUUCAAAUGAAUUGCGUUAAAUAAGUAAAAUAAAAAAAAGCCUAAAACUUAGCCUACUCGUGCUCGUAUAUAAUAAUGUCCCUUCCUUUCUAACGAUCUUUAAUUUCUGUCAACAAAAAUACUCCGAACUUCUUUCUUCACCAUUCUCUCUUGUGUACCUCUCACUUUCUUUCACUCCAGUGAAAUCUGAGCUUUCUUCUUUGGGGUUUUCAAGGCUUUGAGCUUGAGUGCUCAUUCCAUUCAUGGCUGUUUUUGUGUUCUUUGUGUUUUUUCUUGCGCUGACUGGUCGAUCUUAUGCGAACUAUUGUUUGUGUAGAGAUGGGGUUGGCCAAUCAGCCCUUCAAAAGGCACUGGACUACGCCUGUGGAGCUGGAGCUGACUGUUCUUCAAUCCUCUCCAGUGGCGCUUGUUUUCAGCCCAACACUGUUAAAGAUCACUGCAAUUACGCUGUCAACAGUUAUUUCCAGCGAAAAGGGCAAGUCCAAGGAAGCUGUGACUUCAACGGUGCCGCCACGCCCAGCGUUACCCUCACUGCCUCUGCGCCUUCUGGUUGCGUCUAUCCUUCUAGCCCCAGCAAUGCGGGAACAUCGCCGACGAACGGUGGUGGAACUACGCCGACGAUGACACCAGGGACGCCGUCGACGACGAAUCCAGGAAUGACACCGACGGUGUUCGGUAACGGAAUCAGCCCGAGUGGGAGCGGGAGCGGAUUCAACGACGGUAGCGGCGGCGUGGGUUUCAAUGAAAAUAGGAACUUGCUUUUGGCAGUGGGGCUAAGUCUGUGGCUUUCCGUAUUGUUUCUCUGGGGAUGAUGAAGAUGGAGGAUCGGAUGGUGGAUCUCGAUGAAUGGUUGAGAUCUUGCCACAUAUGUAGGGGGUUACUUUUGACAAUUGGAUGUGGAAGGAAGAAUCUAGAGGCAAACCCCACUAGGGUUUUUUUCUUGUUAAUUUUUUGUUAUUUCUAAUGUUAUUCCAUUAAAGAAAAAGAAAAAAAAAAUGGAGAGGAUGUUUGAUGAUUCCUUUUUUGAUGAAUGGAUGAAUGGAGGAAGAAGAAGGAAGGAGUGGAAUCUUUGAUGAAUGAUUUUUUGGGGAGGGGAUGGUGUUGUUGUAUAUUUGCUAGAGUUUAUUUAAUUUCUAAUUUUGUGUUGUUGUAACAUUCUCCUCCAUUCACUUUCAUUAAUCUUUACUUUCCAUCCAUUUGGAAUGAUGCAUUUAA